GAAGGACAGUUCUGUGACAGUUUCUGUCUAUUUCUGACAGUUCUGGGACAUUCACUCCAUACAGCGGUUUCAACCGCUGUAUGGAGGGAAUGUCAUAGAACUGUCAGAAAUAGACUAUUAAUGACAGUUCUGGGACUGUCCUUCCAUACAAUGUUUCAACCGCUGCAUGGAAGGACAGUCCCAGAACUGUCAUUAAUAGUCUAUUUCUGACAGUUCCAUGACAUUCCCUCCAUACAGCGGUUUAAAACAGCUGUAUGCAGUGAAUGUCCCAGAACUGUCAUAAAUUGCAGAUACACUUAGAGGAGCUCUGCAGAUACACUUAGAGGAGCUCUGCACAUACACUUUUUGCCGGCUUGGAAUUAUUCUUCUUUUCAUCCUACUUCUUCUUCUUCUUCUUCU